AUGAAGAAGUCCCCGUUUUCAAAGUCGUUUUCAUCAUCGGGUGGUGGUUUUGGUGUUUUUGUGCCUCCUCUUCUUCUUCUUCUCUUUCUUUCUCUUCUUGUUUUGGGGGGUGAUGGAGGAGGAUUUUCACCAAUAAAAGUGGCAGCAGCGGCAACAAAAACAUCCUCGUCGUCGUCUUCAUCGUCUGCUUUCGGCGGUGGUUUUGAUGGCAAGAGCAGUCGUUUUGAAGGAAGAGGAAGAAGAAGAUCGAGGUUUUUACUCCAAGAAGAAGAUCAAGAGCAAGCGGAGGAGGUUGAGAAAAAGUUGAGAAAUUUAAUACCCGUGGAAGGCACCACCGAAACCGAGGAGGAAGACGCAGGAGGAGAAGUGGCGGCGGCAACGGCGACGACAAACACCAAACACUCGUUGUUACACUCGGAAGUAGUUCGUGCGCACACGCCAACCGCGCAAACGAAAGACGAAACCGUCGUCGAGGAGGUGAUUGCAAAGCAAUCGGAGGAUAAUACGGACGCGGAAGCGUCGGAAGCUAUCGUCGCGGCGGACGUGAGCGAAGAGGCGCCGGCGACGAAGGAAGAGGUGACCUCGGACGAUGAAAGUGCGGAGGAUAUCGCGGAAGAGGAGAAGGAAAAAGCGGACUCGGAGUACGCAUCGGAGAACGCGGAAGAAUUGGCGGUGGAAACAGCUGCGGCGAACGCGAUUGCGGACGCGGUGAUUGCCGAGUCCGACGAAGAGAACGCGGCGGAGAAGGACGGGGAAACUGUGGACGAGAAAAUUACGAAAUCUGCGGCGAAGAAAGCGGCUAAGUUUUUCGCCAACGUGAAAACCCGAGCGAAAGAGCGGUUCGAGAAGAGAGCGCAGGAGGAGUUGGCGUUUUAUGCCGAUUACGAGGAUUACGAGGACGAUUACGGAGCGGCGCCGGACGCGCUCACCGGGGACGGGUUUGAUUCGCCGGCUGAUUUAGUCGCCUCGGGUGAAGAGACCAUCGAGGAGGCGAAAGAGGAUAUCAAAGAUAUUGAAGCUGAAAAAGCGGCGAUUGCGCAGGAGAAAGGGAUGCAGAUGGCGUUGGAGGAGAUUCAAGCGACUGAUUUAGCGGAACCGACCGCGGACGUGGCGGAUCCAAUCACCGGGAUUUCCCCGCAAGGCGAGCAAUUGGAAGAGCAAAUGGCAACCGCGAAUGGUGAACCGAAACCAGUCGCAAACACGCCAAUGUAUAGUUUGGAAUCUGGCUACGACGUUCGCUCGGCGUUACGAGGCGCCCGGUCGAAAGCGAAGAAGUGCGAACCGAAGAAGCGCCUAACGAGAGAGGCGCAGUGCAAACACGUCAGGAACACGCGCGCGUGCGGCGGAAACCUGUAUCCGUACUUAAAAUUUGCGUAUUGCACGAACGCGGGUAUUGUUAUUCCGACCGUCAUUUAUGCGUUUGGUUUGGGUGUUUCCUUGUAUGCACUCGCGCUCGUGGCGGACGCGUUCUUUUGUCCCGCGCUUGAAACAGUGGCGACGAUUUUGAAAAUUUCGCCCGAAGUCGCCGGCGCUACGUUGUUAGCACUCGGAAACGGUGCCCCUGAUGUUUUCGCGCAAGUCGCCGCGGUCACUUCUGGUACCAUGCCAGACGUCGAUAUGGCGGUUUCUACCGCGUUAGGUUCCGGUUUGUUCAUCACGACGGUCAUCUUAGGGGUUGUCAUUUUGAUGGACAGGACGAAAAACGCUUCGGACGGAUCGUUAACCGGCGUCCUCGUUUCUGCCGCACCGUAUAACAGAGACGUAUACGCGUACUUAAUUGGUAUUUUAACUGUCUUUGCGAUUAUGAUUAAAGGUGUGAUUGCGUUGUGGCACACCACGUUACUCGCCUCGGCGUACGCCGCGUACAUCGUCUUGGCGGUGUUCAAAGACGAGGGCAUUGACGACGACGACGACGACGAAGAUUCCGCGCCCGUCUUCACUUUGGAUGGCGACGAGGAGAACAGUAACAAAAAGAAGAAAUCGCGAACGCGCGAAGUGCCGCUGUUCGAUUUGGCUUCGCAAAAAGGCGGACCGGACGACAACAAAGGCGCAGAUUUACCGCGAAGAAAGAAACCGAAAAUGUUACGAUUAGGCCCCGCGGAUGGUUUACUCGAAGGAGCGUUCGCCUGGGCCAUGUCCGAAGCGCAAUGGGACGACAUGACGCCGUCGCAAAAAGCGUUGGCGCCAAUUACCACACCAAUCUUUCUCGUCAUGUCCUUGACGAUGCCAGUCAUUCGUGAAGGUCGAUUAGGCAAAGGGUACACCACGGCGUUGGCGUUCUUCGCCCCUUUGUUCUUCCUCGCCGCGCCUGGGUCUGCGACUGCCAUGUUCCGCGAUAACUUCCCAGGUUCUCCGUACUUUUGGAUCUUGUGCAUCUCUGCAGGUUGCUCUGUCGUGACUGGCAUCAAGUUGCAGUUGGAAAAAGAAGGCCCGAAAGCAGCCUCGGAACCGAUUGCGAUGCUGGCCUUUAUCAACUCCAUCGUCUGGAUGCACUUAGCCGCGGAACACUUGGUUUUGAUCAUCGACGCGUUGGCGAAAAUUGCGGGCAUUUCGGAAGAAUUUUUAGGUGCCACCGUCUUGGCCUGGGCCAACUGCGUCGGCGAUUUAGUUUCCAACAUGGCUGUUGCCAAAGCCGGCCAAGCGGCCAUGGCGGUCACCGCGUGCUUCGCCGGACCGGUGUUCAACUUACUCGUCGGUUUAGCCGCCAGUUUAGUCUACGUCAACAUCGUCCUCGGCGACGUCCAAGUCCAAGUCGGCAACUCCGUCCUAGUCUUAUUAGUCGGUUCCAUCGCCAGUUUACUCUUGGUCUUGAGCUUAACCGUUCGCAAAUCGGAUUACGAGUACGCGUUGCACGCCAAACUCGGAUGGAGCUUGAUUGGUUUCUACGUUCUCUUUUCGGUGUUCUUUUGUUUAGUAGAGUUGGGUAAGGUUUUCGGAUCGAGAGAAGUCAUUCCCGGUGGGACGAUUACCGCUGGCCGGUAG